CUUCAUUCUGAGAGGUGUUGGUAUAGCAGACAAGUUCUUGUCAGCUGAGCUCUAACACUUUCCAAAGAUAUUUUUAAAGCAAUGAGUAGAGCAUUUUAGCGUUUGGAGUAUUUUGAACUGAUUUUUUUGAUUGCUUGCUUCCUGUUAGUCUCUGGUUGUGAAAGAAGCCAAAGAAAGCGUCUUUUCCCGAGCACUGAAUCGCACUGUUCAGUAUCUGAAAGAGGGCUCCAGGAUCAAGCGAAACGACUGACACCUAUGCACAGACACCUUUAUCGAAGGCAACUUACAGAGACUAGGGUGUGUGAACUAUGCAUCAGCUCCUGAGUCACUUACCUCUCUCCUGAAAGACAGAGCACAAGGAGGUGAAGUGACUUGCUCAGGAUCACACAGGAUUGGAACUGACAGAAAAAGGAUGCACUGCCUGUAUGAAGCAUAAACAAGGAGACGUGCUUUGGAACAUUCUACAGCUGCUGAACACCUUUUUUCUGUAAUAUUUUUUUUAAGUUGUUCCAGUGAGCAGAAAGACUUUCACCAUCAGCUAUGAACAGCGAGGACAGGAACGUCACAAUGCCUCAGAAAGCUUCCUCUCCUUCAGGAAGCAGCUGCUCUUCUAAACAAGAAAGCCGCCAGGACAGCUGGGAGAUUGUGGAAGGCCUGCGCGGUGGUGCAGGUAAUAUCGAGGAGCCACAGAAACAGAAAGGCCUCCUCCUGAAGAGAAGAAAGUGGCCCCUGAAAGGAUGGCACAAGAGAUACUUCUUUUUAGAAAAAGGCAUCCUGAAGUAUGCCAAAUCUGAAGCUGACAUUGAAAAGGGAAAGUUACAUGGUUGCAUUGAUGUCGGCUUGUCUGUCAUGGCCAUAAAAGAAAAGGCUAAAUGCAUAGAUUUGGAUGCAGAGGAACAUAUAUACCACCUUAAGACAAAAUCCCAGGCGCUUUUUGAUGAAUGGGUAUCCAAACUUCGCCAUCACAGACUGUACCGGCAGAAUGAAAUCACAAUGUUUCCCGUUGACAAAAACAACCACUUCUUUGCACACUUCCCCAAUGAUGCUUCUCCUAACCCAUCCAAUUCCUCUUCCUUGAGAAAGAGAGCCACUCUUACCAAACAAGCCUCAGUCCACACUGGAGGCAACUUCCCAUUAACCUUCAACAGCAGCCAGGCUAAAGUGUCAGCUUGGUUACAGUCCUCUGAGGAUAUGGACAGGUGCUCCACAGAGCUUGCCUCAUGUCAGUCCCGUUUAUUGGAGCUCAGCCACCUGUUGCAAAGCAUGGAAGUUCUCCAUAGAACUUACUCUGCACCAGCUAUCAGUGUCCUUCAGGCUUCUUCCUUUGAAAGCCCCAAAAAGGAAAAAAGAACUCAGAGACGGUGGCGAGCCAAGGGUUAUGGCAAAGAUGCUAAAACAACAUUACAGGUCCCCAGCUGCACAUCAUCUGGUUCGAUAAGGCUGCAUGCUUCCAAUCCCAAUCUGUCUACUGUAGAUCUACCUAAUGACAAAAGCUGCUCCGAAAACACAUACUCCCCUUCAGAUGCUUCCAAACUUCAGGAGGAAUUCUAUCAUGUGGCUAACAACUUGCAUUCCACCUUAAAAUCAGCCUUCAGUAUAAUAACUAUCGAACGAGAAAAGCUCAAGCAGACGUUGGACUGUGAAGGGUGCCAGCCAGCAUCUGCGCAGAUGAUUGGUUUGAAGAAUGCCCUGGCAUCUAAGCAGGACUCGAUAGAUGGGAGAAGGCCUCUCGUGCACCAGGUCUCUAAUGAUAGCAGGGCUUCUGUUACAGAGUCCCUCUCAGAGUUCUUCGAUGCACAGGAAGUGCUGCUGUCUGCAAGUUCUUCUGAAAAUGAGGCUUCAGAUGAUGAGUCAUACAUCAGCGACAUAAGUGACAACAUUUCAGUGGACAAUUUGAGCAACUAUGUUGAAAGUUGUGUUCAGAAUGGAUCCCCUCAGCAGUUACGGAGGCGCUUCUGCUUGCCUGCUCCAGGCCCCGACACCAGCAAUAUCAGCCUGUGGAACAUCCUGAGGAACAACAUUGGAAAAGACCUGUCCAAGGUGGCCAUGCCUGUGCAGCUGAACGAACCCCUGAACACCUUGCAGCGUCUGUGUGAGGAGCUGGAGUACAGCGAGCUGCUGGACACGGCUGCGGAGACACAGGAUCCAUUCCAGCGCAUGGUGUAUAUAGCUACCUUUGCAAUAUCUGGGUAUGCCUCCAGUUACUACCGAGCGGGGAGUAAACCAUUUAACCCUGUGCUUGGAGAGACGUAUGAAUGUGAAAGGAAAGAUAAAGGCUUCAGGUUCAUUGCAGAACAGGUCAGCCAUCACCCACCAAUAUCUGCUUGUCACACUGAAUCCAAAAACUUUGUCUUUUGGCAAGAUAUGAGAUGGAAGAAUAAAUUUUGGGGAAAGUCCAUGGAAAUUGUCCCGGUUGGAACAACACACGUGAUGCUGCCCAAGUUUGGUGACCACUAUGAAUGGAAUAAGAUCACGUCAUGCAUACACAACAUCCUGAGUGGUCAGAGGUGGAUAGAGCACUAUGGAGAGCUUUCUAUCAAAAAUUCAAACAGUGACAUCUGUCAAUGCAAAGUGACAUUCAUCAAGGUAAAGUACUGGAACUCAGAUGUGAAUGGAGUUGAAGGGACAAUAACAGAUCGGAAUGGGAAAGUAGUGCAGAGACUGUUCGGAAAAUGGCACGAUGGCGUGUAUUGUGGGGUGCCACCUUCAGCGAAUUGUGUUUGGAGACCAAAUCCCAUGCCUAAUGACUUUGAACAGUACUAUGGAUUCACCAAGUUUGCACUUGAAUUAAAUGAACUGGACCCUGCAACAAAGCUGCUGCUGCCACCAACAGACACCAGAUUCAGGCAAGACCAAAGGCUGCUUGAGGAAGGGAAUGUAGAAUUGGCAGAAGAGCAGAAACAAAGAAUUGAACACCUUCAGAGAGAGCGGAGAAGAGUUUUGGAGGAAAACGCUAUGACACAUCAACCUCGUUUCUUCAGAAAAUCAAGUGGAGAUACUUGGGUCAGCAAAGAAACAUACUGGGAUCUGAGAAAAGACCCUGGCUUUGCCAAUCUUGACAACCCCGUACUGUGGUGAAUCGGACAUUACGAAGAUCUGCAUAUCAUUCCCAAGAUGCUGUUACACUAUAUAUAUAUAUAUAUAUAUA